UCGCUUAUUAAAUUUAAUAUUUUCUUUGCGCACACACGACUCUUUGGUGCACAAUUUACAAGUGUUUUUAGGUUACCUACAUCUGGAUAACACACCCUAUAAAGUAAUGAUAAGUGCGGCUGAAAAACAAAAUAAUAGCUCUUAAAAACAAGAAGAUUAUGAGAAGAUAUAUUUUGCUAAUUUAUUUGAAUUAUAUUGGUGUUUUCUCAAAAAACUAUAUCAUUCAUUUGCCGGGACUAAAUUCACGGAGAGUGAUGGACCGUGUAAUAUGGAGAGUUAUUAGACCCUUACGUGCCGUAUCUGGUGUACCAAACCGGGGUAUAGGGCUGGACUUACUGCACCCCCAUUUAAAUUCAGUCCACACGCCAAAACCGCAGGAUCACAACACAAUUCCGAUUGCUCGUGAGAUGACAGAUGCCGUUACAACAAGCCGAUCUGAGGUAACUACUAGCAACGCUAAGAAACUAGCAAAUAAAGAAGACUUAUUAAAAGGUUUAAAAGAAAUAGCAGAAAAACGGAAAACCUUACACAAAUGUACGAAAAAGCAUUUUGAUGAAUCACCACAAAACACUAACCAUCAACAAAAUCCUGUAAUAAUUUCAAGAUUAAAUAAAGCUAAGAGAAGUCUUAUAAAGGCUUCAAACUUGGAGGAAGUAUUGGAUAUUAUAAAAAGAGGAAUCACUAUACAUAGUAUUGAAGACCCAAUCCCUGAAAAUCUUCAUUGGAUGAAGAUUAAGAUUCCCAAAACGGGGCACUAAAUAAAACACUCCAAUGAA